AUGUGUCUCUGAAGCAGAAGUACUCUGCGGCAUCUCUCUGCAGCAUCACCACAGAGGUGCUGAAGGUUUUGAACGCCACAGAGGAGCUGAUUGGUGAGGCGGGAGGUGAGAGCUACACCCCCUCCGACUCCAUGAGUGCUUCACCGAUCUCCAACUGCUCCGAGACCCGGCGGCUAGACCAGAGGCUGACCAAGAUGGAGGAAAAUGUGUACCUCGCUGCUGGUGCUGUGUAUGGCCUUGAGGGGGCGCUGGGGGACCUAGAGCAGUGUGCCCGCAGUAUUAGCAGUGGUACCACAGACACAGAUCUAGCUUUCCUGGAAGACCAGGUCGCCACUGCAGCUGCUCAGGUCCAGCAGUCUGAAAUACAGAUCUCAAACAUUGAGGCCAGAAUAUCAGCCCUGAAAACAGCUGGUUUGAACGUGACCGUCUGCAAUCGCUUCUCCAAGUACAAGCCAAAGGCGAAGCCUCAAACUCUGGAUUCAUCACGCCAUCAAAGACGGAAGCUUCCAGCACCUCCUCUGAAAG